AUGACAGAAGUCUUUCUGCGCAUCCAGAAGAGGCUUGAGUCCUAUUUUGAUAUGGCGGGUUUCGAGCCAUCGGUCCCUCAGGAUAGAGACUUUGAAGAGCGAAAACUUCUCUACACAUUCCAGGAACCAGGGUCCGAUCUCUACCCGCCCCACUUGCAUAUGACCCCAAAUAUUGUCGGAAAGGUCAGAGGUGCAUUAGAUCUCAGUCAACUCUUUGAUUUCUCUAGGUUGCUAGAUACAGGGAGCUUGCUCUUUCAGGUCAUCCCAGACGAGGUUGUGGAUUGGUACCACGAUCAUCCCGAGGGUGCUACAAUUGCUGCGAUUGAGCGUAGCAACCGAAUCUUGUUGAAGGAAAAGAAAGACAUUUAUACGGAACCAAACAUAGGAGAGCGUUCCGACUGGUACACAGACGCCGUCUUUGCACAGCAGUCAUUUACGGGCGCCAACCCAGUGACUAUUCAAGCAGCAAGCAACGAUUGGGUGGAAAAGUUUAUCGAGGAAGCAAAGGCCCAAUCCAAGGAUGCUAUGAUCAACGUUAUCAAAGAGGGAUCACUCUACAUGCAAGAUAAUAGCUACUACCGAGCUGCUGUGGACACUCCUGCUGCUGCAGAGUUAAAGUCCAAAGACGGGACACGAUUUUGCUGUGCCUCAGUGACGCUACUGCAACUGACCCCGGAGGGCAAGCUCCACCCUCUAGCUAUUAUAAUCGACUACAAAGGUUCCAUGGGGAACUCAGUAACCAUCUUUAAUAAGCGUUACGUACCCUCUGACUCUGUCAAUUCAGAAGGAACCGACUGGCCCUGGCGCUACGCCAAAACAUGCGCCCAAAGCUCAGACUGGACACGCCACGAGAUCACCGCCCACCUUACCAACUGCCAUCUUGUUGAAGAAGUCGUAAUCGUAGCUGCACACCGUUCCUUUCGACGCGACCACCCAGUCUACAAGAUUCUUAUGCCUCAUUGGCUCAAGACACUAACUAUCAACGCCGGAGCUCGCUCCACUCUUGUUCCCUCCAUCAUCGUCGAAAUCAACGGCUUCACUGAGGCACAAACAUACGCCUUUAUCCGCCACGAAUAUGAGAAUUUCGACUGGAAAGCCAACUAUGUCCCCGCAUUGCUCGAGCGCCGAGGCUUUGCUCUCAAGGAUCUUACAGACUCCAAAUUCAAGAACUACGUCUAUGGCAAAGAUAUCAGCCUCAUGUGGCAGGUGCUGCAUAAAUUUGUCUCUUCAGUCCUAAAGCUGUUCUAUCCCGACGACGCUUCCGUCGCUUCCGACUCCUCGCUCAUUACCUGGACCUCUGAAAUGCGCGGAAAGUCUAGCGGAAACAUGAAGAGUUUCCCGGUCCUCAACUCGUUUGACGAGCUUGUUGAUGCUGUCGUUAUGUGCAUCCAUAUCGCAUCGCCCCAACACACCGCUGUCAAUUACCUGCAGAAUUACUACCAGGCUUUUAUUCCCAAUAAGCCACCCGCGAUAUACGCGCCUCUGCCCAAGACCAUCGCGGAGCUUGAUAAAUACACAGAAAAAGAACUCAUCGCCUCACUCCCAGUUAACUAUCCACGGGAGUGGCUAAUGGCCACACAUUUGCCAUACCUGCUAAGUAUGCAGGUAGCCGAGCAAGAGACGCUGUUUGAGUACGCGUUGAGCGUGGCGAAAAGCACGGAAGGGGUUGAUGGGGCGGAACAAGUCCAUGUCAAGGAUGCGGCGUUGCAGCUGUACGACGACCUUGUGACUUUGGGCGGCAUAUUUGAGGCAUAUUCGGAUGAGAUGGACGAUAAGACUGUUAAGUACCAGGUCCUAGAUCCUGAGAGGACGGCGGUUAGUAUCUUGAUUUGAUUUAAGUAGGCAGGAGCAUGCAAGGAAAAGGAACCGUUGCCUG